CAAUUACAGUAUCAACAGCUGCAACGUGGAAGGAGAUGCGAUAAAUAUCCGGAAAUAUGACUGAUCGCGAGUACGACAUUGUGCUUGUUGGCGCAACAGGCUAUACCGGCUCACUGACUGCAGAGCACAUCGCCCAGCACCUGCCGACAAAUUUGAAAUGGGCAGUUGCCGGGAGGUCCCAGGAGAAACUUGGUGUACUUACAACGAGACUGCGGGGACUAGCGAUUGAUAGAUUGCAACCAACAAUUGAGAUCGUAAACAUUGAAGACAAGUCCCAACUUGAGACGCUUGUUCGUAAGGCAAAGGUGUGCAUCAGCGUCGUCUCGUACGACUCCGUAGGUGCAGAAGUUAUAGAGGCAUGCAUUCAGAGCCGGACCGAUUAUAUUGACACUGCUGGAAGUAUUCCCUGUCUACGGAAGUGGAUCAAUGAGUACCACGAUGCAGCCCAGUCUGCAGGUGUGGUGCUCAUCCACUCAUGUGGUACUUUCAGCGCUCCGCAAGACUUGCUCACCUGGACAUCUGUCCGAGAGUUGGACAAAAACUCAUCGUUGAAGACAAAGGAGCUGAUUCUGUCGCUCUUGAGCAUGCCUUCGGAUCCGAGCGGUGGGACUGUUGAGUCGAUUGAGGCACGUGAAUCUUUAGGAGCCAAAGUUCUACAAGAGUCAGAGCAACCAUGGUACCUGUCUCCAAUCAAGGGCUUGGAACUGUCAAAGUCGACGAACUUCUUCGGCAUGCGUCACGACCCAUUCCUCGGUGAGCUGUCAGCGAGCUCCAUGAGUGCGGCCCAGAAUAGAGCGGUGAUCCACAGGACGUGGGGUUUGCUAGAUGGCGGCAAAGAUUACGGGCCAAACUUUCAAUAUCAUGAGUACAAGAAGGCGAAGUCGACAGUGGCUGGGAUAUUGCAGAUACUGAAUAGCAAAGCAAUAGCGUUGUUACUGGCAAUAGCACCUUUCAGAGCUAUGGCAAAGAUAAUCCUGCCCGCUCCUGGUCAGGGUCCAGAUUUACAGAAAGAGAGGAAUUACCGGGUUGAGAUGGAGUUAGUUGCAGUUGCAGACACAGACGAUGAUAGGACGGCUCCAAGGGUGCAUUCUCGAUUUGCUUAUCCAGGGGGUCCAUAUCAUGCCACGGGUGCUUUCCUUGCUCAAGGGGCUGCUUCGUUGCUCUACGCUCGGGAAUUGGAAGGUGGUGCUGUUGGUGGAUGUCUCACCCCUGCAUUUAUGGGAGCAGAUCUCAUUGAAAGGAUUCAAGGAGUCGGUGGGAAGUUAUAUACAAUGAUGCUAUGAUCUUGAGAUAUCUUGUAAAACAUCAUUCGCCAAAAGUUGAAGUAAUGCAAUACCACGUG